UGUGUGGGUCGCGCUAGUAAUCGGACGUCUAGCUGUUAAUCGUGUCAUCGUAAUGCUCUUACAGUAUCGCGCACUAUUCAUCUCUUCACGCGUUUAUCAAACUGUAAAUGUGUUUAAAUCAUUCGCGUUUCACGCUUCCCAAUAGCGUGUGACAAAUUCGACUGACAUUUUUCGGGAAGUGACAAACAAAUAUACCUAUGCCUAGUAAGAAGAAAAUUAAGUCUCCGCAACAACUAUGGGAAAGUUUAUCUUCCGUAUUUGUUAACUUCGUCGAGACUAUAUUCUUCAAUUUGGGAGUUCUAGUUGGCAAGCAUCCAUGGCGAACUAUUAUUGUAUCAUGGACCUUAGUGUUAGUCAGCUGCACGGGCCUGUUAACAUUUUACAUAGAAAAGAAUCCUAUGAAGUUAUGGGUCCCACCCGAAUCGGAUUUUUAUCAAGACACGAACUGGUAUAUAGAUAAUUUUGGUACUAACUUUCGUCUUCAGAAAAUUUUAAUAACGGCGGAUAAUGUUCUUGUUCCCGAAGUCUUAAUGAUGAUUAAAAACAUUACAAAUGAAGUCAAUUCGAUUGCAAUUCAACACAAAAAUAAAACUUAUUCAGUGAAGGAGCUGUGCUUCAAAAUACCAAUUGUUAAUAUUUUUGAUUCAAGUGGAAAAUCUAGAUCUGAGGACGAAGAUUCAAAGAGAAAAGAGCCAAAUAAGAUAAAUUACGUGGAUAACACUUUGUGGGUUGAUGACGAAUUUUAUUGUGGCUUCCUGGAGGCAUUUCAGCUAACAUGUUUGAAGUAUAACAUCUUAGAUUUAUGGGGAAACGACCCUGAUUUGAUAAGAAACGCUUCAGUGCACGAGAUUAUCGAUAAGAUAAAUAAAGUAAAAUUGAACCCUGUGUCUGGUCAUCCAACAGACUUUGUGAAAAUGUUAGGCGGUGUUAAACGUGACAAGAGUGGUAAGAUUGUGUCUGCGAAAUCUGUGUUAAUUAGUUGGUAUAUGAACGUCAACAUGACAGCAGUGAAUUUAGAUGAAGUCGGUAAUCUCAUAGGCACAGAAGACUGGGUGUCUUUGGAAUUAGCUUUAUGGGAACAACAUUUUUUAAAUUACAUAAAGAGUGUUGAUUAUGGAAGUAAAGGUAUUCGUUUGUAUUAUGAAGCAGGGCGAAGUUUUGCAGAUGUUAGUGGCGAAGCAAUGUUUCAAGAGAUGGACAAACUAGGUUUAGGUAUCAUUAUGAUGUUUUUAUAUAUAUUGAUAGCGGUAUCUCGAUGUAAUUGGUUAGAAAUAAGAGUAACUUUAGGCAGCAUGGGGUUGUUGGGUGUAGGUAUGUCGUAUGUCAGUGCGGUGGGUUGGUGCUCAAUCCUAGGCAUUUCUUUUGGUCCCGUUCAUUCAUCUUUACCUUUUCUUCUAAUGGGACUCGGAGUAGACGAUAUGUUCGUGAUGAACGCCUGUUGGAAAAUAGUUAUGGCCCAUGAUUCCCACAAAAGUGUACCAGUCAAAAUAGGACUUAUGUUAAAACACGCAGGCGUGUCGAUUGUAAUAACAUCAUUUACCGACAUAGUUGCUUUAUUAAUUGGAGCAAUAACCAUAUUGCCAUCUCUUAAAUCGUUUUGCAUGUAUGCAGCAAUGGGUGUGUUUUUUGUAUUUUGUUAUUCUGUUACGUUUUAUGUAGCAGUUUUUACAUUAGAUCUUAAAAGAAUUGAAUCAAAGAGAAACGGUGUUCUUUUUUGUUAUACACACAAAAAUGAAAUAACUAUUUCUACGGAGAGAACAAUAUUUCAAAAGUUUUUGGAGAGUUUUUACAAAAAUGUCAUAUUUACCAAAGCUGGCAAAUCUAUUGUUAUAUUGUUCACAAUUAUCAUGUCCGGAAUUAGUAUCGAAGCGAUUCUGAAAUUGGAACAAAGGUUUGACCCCAGAUGGUUCAUACCCGAAGAUACGUAUUACAAAGACUUUAUCAACGCGCAUGAAAUUUACUAUCCAGAAGAAGGUCAACUCGCUAUGGUUUUUAUGGGUAAAAUGAAUUAUAGUUCUGAAUUUAAUAAUAUUUAUAAUAUGGUACAAGAAUUACGUAAUCGAACAUAUGUCACUGACACAGUAGCAUGGGUGGAACAUUUCCACGGCUACGUCUUACAAAACUACGGUCGCGAUUUAAAAAAUUCGUCUUCUUUGACGUCGGAGAAAUUUAAUGAAUAUUUAUCUAGGUUUUUAUUUAGCCCUGUAGGUGGCCAGUUCCAGUAUAGUUUUAAAUUUUCAGAACCACUCCGUUGUGGCUAUCCUGUGUCUGAUAUAAACGCUUCUUCAAUGUCAUUCAGUUUUACAAAGUUCGGUGGCCCAGAAGAGUAUAUACCUGCUAUGAAUAUGGUUAAGAGAAUUGUGAAAAAUACAAAUAUAACGAGUGGAGACGGUUAUCGUUCCGUCUGGUCAAAGGCUUUUGCUAAUUGGGUCACAGAUGAGAUCAUAGCUGUUGAAGUCGAAAGAAAUAUUGAAUUAGCAUUAAUAUGUGUGAUGAUAUGCACUGUAAUAUUAAUAACAAACCUUCAAAUGUGUUUAUGGAUAUUUAUUUGCGUGUUGCUGACUAUUAUAAACGUGCUGGGUUGCAUGCAACGUUGGGGCAUGACUGUUGACAUAGUUUGCUGCAUUGGUCUUGAACUUGCGAUCGGGUUGUGUGUUGACUACGCGGCCCACGUUGGCCAUUCAUUCUUAACAUUCACUCAAGGCAGUCGAAAUGAAAGAGCCUUCAAAACGGUCACUUCGAUAGGGACUGCUGUCUUACUUGGAGGAGGUUCCACAUUACUUUCUCUAUCACUCCUAAGUAUGUCCAAAACGUACACGUUCCAAUCGUUCUUCAAAAUUUUCCUUUUAGUAAUACUCUUCGGUUUGUAUUGUGGACUUUUGUUUUUGCCAGUUGUUUUGUCUUUAGUUGGCCCUGGAGGGUACGUAAAGAAAGAUGAAGUUCAUGGCAUACCAGAAGCAGUAGAAUUAAAUGGUAAAAAUAAUAAAAAAGAGAAGUCGAUUGAUGAUAGUUGAGAUUAUGUUUAAGGAUAAUGAGUAAAAACUGUGAUACAGUGAUUUAAAGACAUUGUGUUGAGUGUUUUAAAGUAAUUAUGUUUUACUACUGUUUUUGUAUGUGCAGAUAAGAUAGGCGUUAUCAGAAAAUGUGAUUUAGGUACCGGUUUCUAAGUAAACUUAAGAUAUUGAAUUUUUAAACAUCAAUUUGUAUAUACAAAUAAUAUUGUUUCAUGAGUAACUGGAGGUCGAAUAAUAUAUUAAGGCUUAUCAUUACCAUAAAAACUGUGACUGUCCAUGAGCUUCGAUGACAUUAGCCUUUAUUAAACUCAGUGUUUAUUUUAUGAUAAAGGAAGCAGUACGUAUGGACGUAAAAUAAAAACAAAACAAUGGCUUGUUUAACUUUCUUAUUGUAGGUUAACUUCCUCUGAACGCAAAACGAAGACCCACAACACUUCAACCAAUCACAAACGAAAUCUAGUAUUGUUUCGUUUUUUGUUUAACAUCCUUAGUACCUGCGUCGAUGCUUUGUAAGUUACAAAUUUGUUACCACUCCAAAUUUGUGUUAAAGAGCAAAUUGAAACUUGGUAGAAAAGCUUAAUUUUGAACCGCAAUUUUAAGACAAAGUGUCUUGAAGCUGUUUAUAUGAUUAAAAGUCCUGUAUAUAAUUAUAUUUAAGUGUAAAUAUUAAUGCAGUAAAUAAUAUCCAUAAUUGAAAUCAGAACAUUCUUAUCACGUUUUUAUGACUAAUAUUCUCUUUGUUCGCUAUGAGCUCUCUGAUAUGUAAAAAUUACUUGAUUAUUAAUUAAUGUAAGUUAAUAUUAUGAAAUCGUAUAGGUAUAUUUGAUCAGCAGUUUCGGGCCUUGAAAUUGGCAUUGAUAAAUUAUUAAUAAUAUCUAUUAAAUUUUAAAUACAUAUGUACGUAAGCAUUAUCGAUUGUUAUCAAUGUGAUAAUAGUAUGAAAACAUAGGAAUACAUGAUUAUUGUUAUUAAAUUCCAUUAUUAUAAUAAAUGUAGAUUAAAGAAUGCAACAGGUACCUUGAUAAUAAAUUUGUAAUGAUUU